AUGGAUUAUCUUUUCUUAGAUGUAAUAUUUUGUUCUUGGGGAACGCUUUUGAGUAUUUUGUUCUUGGUGUUUUCGGUUUUCUUCAGUUGGUGGUUUUUGUUCUUUGUUCCUUUAUCUGGGUAUGGAUGUGCUUGGUACAGUCAUUUCUUUGUUGAGAAGAAUGUUCCUGCUACUUUUGGAAACCCCUUUUGGUCAUUUGUUUGUGAUUACAAAAUGUUUGGGUUGAUGAUUACGGGAAAAAUGGAUAGAGAGAUCAAGAGGCUUGGGAAAAGACCUGUGUUGCAAGUGUUUUGAUUUGUGUGUGUUUGCUUGAUCCUUUUUGUUUGAGGUGAGUUUGCAUCUGAACUUGUGUUUGAGUAUCUGUUUGUUUCAAUAGCCUAUUUUAACCCUUUAUAGAGUAGUUACUUAGUUAGCAGUGGUUGUUAUUGGCUUAUUGAUGGAUGUCGUUGAUCUUGCUGAUAUAUUUGAUCCCGGAUCGAUCAUGCGACCGGUCCAAGCCACUGAUAAGAUUGGAAAUACUAAUGAAAUUUGAUUUAACUUGACUGAUUUGAUAUGGAAACUGAUGACUUGGCGUCAGCCGAGUCACCAGAACAGAUGUCAAUGAUGUUCCACAUUAGAAUCAUACAAUUGAAAAUAAGUUUGUGAAUGUCUAUUCAAAGUAUAGUAUGAAAUGUUGAAGUAUGAUAUGAUCUAUGUUUGGAAUUUGUUAGUAUCAAAUCUACAGUUAUGAAUUUUUUGAUAUUGUUAUGUAUACCAAUUCAACUGGUUCAACUGGUUACAUACCGAUGCCAAUACAGGAAGGCUUGAAAUGCAGAUGGAUUCAUAUGUGGCUGUGCAAUGAGAACGAUGGUGUUGUAUAGUGUUCAAAAUUUUAUAGUAUGAUAUGAAUCAUAACACCACUUGAAAUUGUAACAAAAGAGUAAUCUUUUUAUGGUGUGUUCUGUCUAAUGCAAUACAUAGCUUACCCUU